UCUCUCUUUACUUUGUGAGCAGUAUCAAGUGAAAUGGACAACAGCAUGCCUGUAGUUAGCAAGAUGUUUUGCUCGAGCACUCCAACAGCGCUGAUGAUCAGGAGGAGACCCAUGGUAGUGAAUGGCGGUGGUUUUGUUGUUACUGACUUCAAUCAUAAUGUUGUUUUCAUUGUGGAUGGUUGUGGAAUACUUGGAUCUAAGGGAGAGCUCAUGGUGAAAGAUGGUGAAGGAGAACAAAUAUUAUUCAUUUCUAGGAAGGGAGGCAUUGUCCAAGCACUGAGCACCCGGAACAAAUGGAAUGGGUACUCAAUGGAUUACCAAGGGAAAAACAAGUUGGUCUUUAGCCUAACUGAUCCAAAAUCAUGCAUAGCAAAAGGUGCACCAAUUAGAAUUCACAUUGAACCAAAGAGGCACUGCAAAAAUUGGGACUUUGAGAUCAGUGGGUCUUUUGGAGAUAGAGACUGCACAAUAAUUGAUUGCACUGGCAAAAUAGUGGCUCAGAUGGCAAAGAAACAGCUGAUAGGGAGUAAUGACUUCUACCAUGUGACUGUGCAGUCAGGUUGUGACCAGGCUUUUAUCAUUGGGGUGAUGGCAGUUCUUGACAACAUCCAUGGGGAAUCUACCAGAUGCUUAUAACAUGGAUGAGUAAAUUAGUUCACUGACAGUGGGUUUACAUUCACCUACUUUGUCUGGAAGUGGAGAUCAGAUCAAUGCAUGUCCACUGAGACCAUCCCACUGUAUCAGCUACAGUGUAUAUCAGAUUUAGAUGGUCUUAAAGAUUUAGAGGUUAAAGAGGGGUUAAUUGAUGAUGUAGCAGUGCCAAGAUCUUAUUGUAUGAACAUGACAUGUGCUGAUGCUCAAUUA